AUGCAGCAGAUCAUUAAGACUGGAAAAGAGUUCCUCAUAGCGCUACACAAAAUUUUAGAAAACCUGAGUAGGAAACCAGGGACAACUGCUUUACAAAGCUCAACAUAUCAAGGAAUUCUUAAUGCAAGCUUAGUCAUAAAUGGAAACAUAAUGCAAGAUAAAUAUCAAUUUUGUUCUCACACGUCUUUUGAAAGUUCCAUAGCUUGGGUUCAGGUGGAUCUUGGAAGUACCCAUAGCUUGAAAAAUGUACACAUUUACUACAGGAGUGUAGCUGGCUGGCCCCCUUAUCGUUUUCGUCAGUUUUACCUAGACGUAUCGAACAAAUCUGCAAAUUCCUCUACCACACUGACACCACAGAGAGUUCGAUGUUACACAGACAACACUACAGCACCUGACACACCCUCAGAUAUCAUUGACAUCAACUGUCAUUAAACAGCCAGAUAUGUCAUCGUAGAGACAACAUAUGAUGCACCAGAGGAUACUGAAUCUGGACCUGUACUCGAAAUUUGUGAAAUAGAAGUGUUCGGUUGCAGUAUUGGAAGCUAUGGGGAAUCCUGUUCAGCAUGUCCUGGUUGCUUAACAUGCAACAUUAUUAACGGGUCUUGUCCAUGUAGUGGAAACUGUUUAAACAGCGUGUGCAAUCCCUCUGGUGAAUACUGCACAGAAGGAUGCAAAAAGGGGUUCUGGGGAUAUAAAUGUAUGUCAGUUUGUAAUGAGCACUGUUCGAGAAAUACAUGUUUUCAAGAAAAUGGGACUUGUACUAACAGUUGUACAGACUUUUAUUAUGGAUACCAAUGUGACUAUCAAUGUGCCUCUAACUGUAACCCAAAAUCUUGCGACAGAUUAACUGGUACUUGCAGUGGAUGUAGAAAUGGAUAUUACGGCGUGUUUUGUGAUAAAACCUGCAGCCCUUUUUGUAGAGGAGGAAUUUGCAGCUUGGAAAACGGUGUGUGCACUAGAGGUUGUAAAUCACACCGGACUGGACCAUUUUGCGACAAUUGCGUGCCAACAUAUUACGGUUCUAACUGCAACAAACUUUGCAGUAGAAAUUGUCUAUUAUUGGCUUGCAGCACACACAACGGAAUAUGCUUUGGAGGCUGUAGAGGAGAUUUUGUUGACGAAAGAUGCACAAUUCCAGCUCCAAAUAGCACGGAGAUUGAACAUGAUCCAAAAAGUACUCAGUGGUUUGGCAUUGAGGAUAAAGACGUUGUACUUAAUACGGAAAAUAACCAAGAUAUAACAGUCACUGAUACAGACGGUACCGGUUCUCAAGGCACAACUAGUUUAUCAGAAAAAGACGAAUGUAUAUACCAAAAUGAAAUCAUGAACACCUCUGAGGCAAGUGACAACAUUGAAGCAUCUCGAAAUUCAUAUGAUCCUAGGAGAGCGAAUAUUUAUCUGACAAUAGCAGAUACAGAUGAAGAUAAUUCCAAAUAUGAUCAGAUUUAUUUUGAAAAGUAG